AUGGCAGCUCCAACUAGAACCCUGCGACACCUGUCGUCCCUCAAAACCACCGUCUGUCCUGCCCCAGCAGCAAUUGCCCCCCGCCGCAGCUAUGCCACAACCGAUUCCUCAUCCGCCACCAACACCCCAACCACACGGCGGAAAGCAACCACCUUCCGGGAUAAGCUGAACGCCGGACCUUCGUUCUCCGAUUUCGUCUCUGGGGGCGGCGAACCUCCCCUUGAGGCCUCCGAAGCCUACGCCCUCAAGACUGCUCUCGCCGGACCCGCCGGCCGCAAGAAGGAAAUCACUCGCCUGCCCGAGUGGCUGAAGACUCCGAUUCCAGACUCCAAGAACUACCAACGUUUAAAGAAAGAUUUGCGAGGCCUUAACCUUCACACUGUCUGCGAGGAAGCCAGAUGUCCCAAUAUUUCCGACUGUUGGGGCGGCAGCGACAAGUCCUCCGCUACUGCGACAAUCAUGCUGAUGGGUGAUACCUGUACCCGAGGAUGCCGUUUCUGCAGUGUCAAGACAUCCCGCGCGCCGCCACCACUUGACCCACACGAACCUGAGAACACCGCAGAGGCUAUCUCCCGUUGGAGUUUGGGAUACGUUGUUCUCACAAGUGUGGAUCGCGAUGAUCUGGUUGACGGUGGUGCCCGUCACUUCGCGGAAACAGUUAUCAAGAUCAAGCAGAAAAAGCCCAGCAUGCUGGUCGAAUGUUUGACAAGUGACUACCGGGGCGAUUUGGAGAUGGCGGCCUUGGUAGCGCGAUCCGGCUUGGAUGUGUAUGCGCACAAUGUUGAAACAGUCGAGGAGCUUACGCCAUUCGUCCGUGACCGUCGCGCUACUUUCCAGCAGUCCAUUCGAGUGCUCGAUGCUGCUAAGAAGGCUAGCCCGGAUCUUAUCACCAAGACCUCGCUCAUGCUGGGUCUUGGCGAGACAGAUGAGCAACUUUGGGAUGCUCUUCGCCAGCUCCGUGCUGUGAAUGUCGAUGUCGUGACUUUCGGCCAGUACAUGCGUCCUACCAAGCGCCACAUGGCUGUACAUGAAUACGUGACUCCUGAUCGUUUCGAGCUGUGGCGCCAGCGCGCCCUUGACAUGGGCUUCUUGUACUGUGCUUCAGGUCCUCUUGUCCGCAGCAGCUACAAGGCUGGUGAGGCCUUCAUUGAGAAUGUUCUCAAGAAGCGUCGCUCUGGUGGAUCCCCUGGAACAGUCGAAAAGACUACUUCUCCAGCAGAUGCAGCUACCCAGUGA